UCAAUCGGCAUGAAUUCCGCCGAGGACGGCGUGCCAAAGCGCCCGUCCGGCAGCGCUCGGUUCGACCGACUGUUGUCUGGUCUUGCCGCCGGCGCCCUGACGGACAUAGAUCCUGACAAGCUCAAGGGCGAUAUCCAGCGAUGGGCCAAGGCGGUCGCGGCGCUGGUGCGCCAAGUGAGCUUCGGCGCCUGGCCGGAGAGGAGCAACGGCUCGUCGGAGCACGAGAAAGCAGGCGGCUAA